AUGUUCAUUAAAAUAGUUUUGAAUGACGUAUUUUUCGGUUACUAUUUCUACUUUUUAAAUCUGUAUAUUGCUUUACUUACAGCUCAAUUCAGUAGGCACAUCACUAAACCAUCACUAAACCAUUAUUUGGUUGGCUGUAAUUGGUUUAUUUGGUUGGCUGUAAUAAGCUAUUAUAGCCCUAUUCCAUACGGGCUUAUUCAGGGCAAAAAUGUUGUUUACCAUUCGGUGGUCUCCCCACAGAAUGAUGAUUCAGGAAAUGGGUGGGUAUUUAGUUACCAUCCUUAUCGGAAAGGGGCGUGGCUUGUGGAGUUUCUACAUAAUGAUCUUAAUCUAAAGACCCUUAUUCUAGAUCUGGCUGAUGGUGAAGAAAGAUUGAGGUCACUACUUAUACUUUCUUGUUUAUCAUUUCAUGUCAAGGAAAACAAAAUUUUUAGAGUUGAUGAAAGCAAAUAUGCGUUUGAAAUGAAAUGGUUAGAGAAGCUCAUAUUAAGAAUGGUUAACCUGCUUGAAAAAGAUGAAUUGUGUAUAUUGAAAAACUAUUGAGGUUACCAAUGAAUUUAAAGAAAGGUGAAGUUUGGUUUUGUGUAGCACUUUUGAGAAAUUAAAUGCCAUAUGGUGUUAUGGUUAGAAUUGUUCAUUGUCUACUAUUUGUGUAUUUGGUUUAUGUAAUAGGUUUGAAUAUUUUGUUGAAUGUAGGGGUUUGAUUUUGAGUAGCCCUUUUUGUUGGGUUCA